GGCCCCCUCACCGCCUCCCUCGCCGCUCACGCCGCUCACGCCGCGCACAAUCUGCCCAUCAGCUACGGCUGGUCGUCUCCGUUGCCAUCGAGCAUCGGUGACUUCGACGAGGGCUCGGUUAAUGUGGCGGUGCAGAGCUGGUUUGCCAACAAGUGGCUGGGCAGCUGGCGGGGCCCGUCUCUCAAGGCAACCCUGCUGCGCCGAGUUGACUGGCUGCCGGUGCGAGGCGCGGAGGAGCUCGGGCUGGGAGCGAUGACGGCAGAGGAGAUUGCGGCGGUAAAUGUUUUCUGCGGAGGCAGCCAUGGAGCGAUCUCUUUCCCCUUCUACGCAGCCGCCGAGCGAAAUCAGCUGAGGCUCGCUAGACUUGCUCUGCAACAUCCAUGGUUGCUUUAAUCUUCUGUCAGUACCGCAAAUCGCACCAACAGCAGACGACUGAACGCAUCAUGGACCCGACGAGCCCUAUCGAAGCCCUGCGCGACUGCCUUUUCUCACGCUGCCUUGUGCAGCCGCCGCUGCAAAGCCUCAACGACGAGAUACUCCCUCCCCCCCGCAUGCCAACCACCGAGGCGGCGUUACGCCGCGACGUGGAGGAGACGAGGGACCGUUGCCGACAAGCGAUAGCUGAGGAGCUUGUGCCAUCGGCCGGCGUCUUCAGCCAGGAGGAUGCGAUGGGCCUCGACCAGCAAGAGGAGCCACUGCCUCCCACGGCGGUGCUCAAGCCGUGGCUCCCAACCUUCGCGGGCCGUAAUCCGACCGUCUGGCGCCAUGCUGCCGACGAACAGACCGCUGGCCUGCUGCAGGGACGCUCCUUCUCUGCGCCGGGUGCCUCAUCCUCCGCUGCUGCCUCGUCAUCGACUCCAUCAGCUUCUUCAUCCUUCCUUUCGGCUCGCGCUUCCUCGUCCAGAGCUCGCUACGGCACUGCUCGCGGCCGCCCUGCCAGAGUGGAGCUCCUCAUGCUCAUAGGCAAUCACGACGGGGAGGAGUUUGUCUUCGGCCAGACCCGCGCUAACGCGCCCUACGCCGCGGGUCAAGGCAUCACUAUCACUCGCCGCCGCACCGCCCUCAUCACGCUACUGGAGAAGAUGAGGCUCAGGUGCGGCGCAGACCUGCCUCCAGUGAUGGGCAACCCGUGGACCGGCUUCUGGCGCGGGUCAGUGGAAUGUCGCGAUCUGCGAGAGGCGAUCAGAGAGCGCGUUACGUAGCGGCUGACAGAGCGCGGUACGUUUGAGGGGUGGACGUCGAUCAACCUCCUGUGCCUGGAGGCGACCGUACGCAGCCUGGCGGCGGAGUGGGGGAUCGACUGGGACGCGGACGCGUUGAGUAGGUGGGACGCCCUUAAGAAGGUGACUUUGAGCGUGCGAGCGGGUGG